GGGGCGCUACCCAGUCCGUCAGGCACAGUGACGCAGUGACGCAGGCACAGUGACGCAAAGUGAGGGAGUAACAGUGACGCAAAGUGAGGGAGACACAGUGAGGGAGACACAGUGAGGGAGAUAGUAAAGUGCUGACCGGGACUCAGAGAGUACAGGAGGAGGCAGAUACAAGGGAAGAGGAAGACUGAUAAACACGAGAGGAGAAAACCCGGCAUAAGAGAGACGCCUUACACCAUCAACAAUGGGCAGCAGCAGCAGCAGGCGCAGCAGCAGGGUAGCGGUGGUUCUUCCCGCGAAUCUUCUCGUCCCUGUUCCAGGGGCUCGACACCGUCCAGCACCAGGUCCUGCACCACGCCCUCCCGCCGAGCCCCGCACCCCGCCCGGCCUUCCCGCUCCCCUGAUCCUGACACUCCUGAUACUGACGAAAGGUGUGCCAAGACCGACUCUCCCUGUGGCAGCGAGAUCUCCCUUCACUCGGCCAAGUCGGCAGCCUCGGCCAAAUCGGCAGCCUCGGCCAAGUCCAACGCCUCGGCUAAGUCCAAUCAGUCUGCCAGGUCUAACGCUUCGACACGGUCUAACCGGUCGGCCAAGUCUAGUGCCUCGGCCAAGUCUGUCGGCUCGGCCAACUCUGAUUCCUCGGCCAAAUCGAAGGAGCCGAUGGCCAUAUCCAUGCGUAAGUCACCAGUUGGGGCUCCGGGCUCAAACAGGCAGCCGGUGAGGAGUGCCACAGCCAAGAGCACCAAGGCCAGAUCACCAGUGCCGACCCAUGGUGCCAGUGGGGGCCACGCCACGCCCUCACACACGCCCACCCGACGCCGCAGCGCCGUCUCCACGGGGUCCUCCGCCUCCAGCGCCGACACUCCUCUUAACAAUGGGAUGGCAAAUGGAGAACAGCAGAACUCUUCCUCUUCCUCCAGGCGGACGACCCCUCCUCGGCAGACUCCCCCUCGCAACAUUAGCUGUGCCACCCCAACUGGAGCAAGCACCCCUAGGCACAUGUCGGCUAAAAAAUCUCUCCCAGUGUUUAACUCCUACAUGAGUCUUUUCCAAGUGCAGGAGAAACUCAAGAAAGGAGAAGUAAUUGAGGGUGUGUUGAGAAUCAACCCCAAAAACUACGAAGAUGCGUAUAUCAGCGCGCCGGACGGGGGGACGGACAUCUAUAUUGGCGGGGUACUUGACCGCAACGCUGCAUUGCACGGAGAUGUGGUCGCAGUGGAAGUUAAACCCCUCGACCAGUGGAAGGUGCUCUAUGAUAUAUUAGAUGAAUACCUAGAAAACCAUCAAGAAGAAAAACGUAUUGUAUAUAGUUUGUUGGAGUCCAAUAUAACUGCUUCAGUUGCCAACACUGCUUCUUCAUAUAACCCUUUAUCUAUUAACACUAACGUCACACCUUUUGAUCAAAGAAAAACGAGAGAGCCAGGAGAAAAAGCUAAUACAGGAAUAUUAAGUGUCGCUAAAGUCCAUCUUGAACAGUGUGAUAGUGAUGUGGUGGUGGAGGAAGAAUUGGAAGCUCAAGAAGCUGGAGCCAACUCUGCCAAGGCAGCGGGAAAGAAGAAGAGACGAGGGGGGCGGGGAAAGAAGAAAGGCAGAAGGAAACCCGAAAGGGAACAGGAUGAGACAGAAAUUUCAAAAACUCUUGACACGCAGACCAAAGAUGCAGUCGUAUCUAAAGAUAAGGAGGAACAGGAAUUGGACGAUGUCACUGUGGAAAUGGUUCUUGAAAUGAACGCUUGCGUCGAAGUUGCCGAUGAAAUUUUAAUUUUAAAUUCGGAGCAAGAUUUGGUUGCCGUGUGUCGGAGUGAUUCGGAUGACGAGAUAAAAGCUGAUAAAGUAAAAUCCAGAGCUGUUGUUGUUCCUCCAGAUCAGCUUAGUGAGUGUGAGCUGACAGACGAUGAGAGUGGAUGUAGUGAAAUUCUUGAUUAUGACAGAAAUCGGGAAGAUCAGAGUUUUAUCCAAGCUCAGUGGGAGGCUUUUCAAAAAGAACAAGAGAAACAGGACAUUGCACAAGGCUGUUCCAGUGACACUCGUCAGAUAGUUGACGUGACUUGCGAGAUGAUGAAAGCCGGGCAACAGGACUCUACCCUUUUAGCUGCUGAUAUAAAGGAAAUUAGCAGCAUUGAUAAACUGGGUUUUAUAAAACAGGAAUCUGCAAAUUUUAAUUUGAAAAUUGAUAUAAGUGAGGAGGUGGUGUCGAGUGCCAACGUUGUAAAUAGUGUGACGAACAGUGGCCAGGAUGCAAGUACUGUGAAUACAAAGAAAGCUGAUAUUUUAACCAUAAACACAGAAUCUUUACAGGGUGAUGAUACCUCGAAGGAAGAAACAUUAAUGACUGGAGUAGCCAAGUUGAGUCAUCAGAAAGAUGUCAAUGAUCAGGACGCUAUAAUUGUUGGACUUGACCAAAUCACAUUAAAACGUGAUAAAUGCGAAUCGGCAACGAACAAUCCCACGUGCAUUAAAUCUUCCGCAAUUGGUUGUAAUAUAAAGGCUCGAGGCAAGAAGAAUAAAACCGUUUCAGAGCAGCUUUUGUCGUCUUUACCAAAUGUCGGGUAUCACGGAGAGCCCAGCAGAGUGUCAAGUCUUGAGGCUUGUGGGCAGGCAAGCAGCACAUACGAGGAUGUAGGGAGAAGCCACCAAGGGCCUAGGUACCCCAAGAAAGCAUACAACAAGACUUCAGUUAAAAGUACACCUAAUGAGCCAAGUAAUUAUAGAGGUGAAAACAUUGCUUCUGAAAUGGUUCAUUUUAUUAGACCAACAGAGGGUAAGAAAAAUAGGCAAGGCAUUUUGCAGAUGGACAAAAAUAUUUUGAGUGAACAGACUAUCAGACAAAAUUCUGGAAAAAAUAACCACAAAGGACUAACAGUAGUGCAAGUUCAGAGACUCAAAAAUUGGGAUAAAUUUGUUCAACGGACGGCCCGAGUUGUUUACUUAUUGGAAAGAAAACACACACGGAUGGGCGCUGGAACAUUGAAGCUCUUUGGAGACAAGAACCCAAACUUCGCAUUCUUUGCACCAAGUGAUCACCGCAUUCCACGCAUGAAGGUGCCCAUGCGACAGUGUCCGCCAGACUUCUUCGCCAGACAUCAAGAUUAUGACAAGAGAAUUUUCUUGUGUAAAAUUGUUCAAUGGAAGGAGCCUAAAUUUGCUUUAGGAGAACUAGUGCGUGAUGUGGGUGCCAUUGGGGAUGUUGAGGCUGAAACAGAGGCCAUGCUAUUGGAAUAUGGUGUAGAUUACGCAGAAUUCCCAGACACGGUGUUACAAGACCUUCCAUCCCUGCCUUGGUCUAUCCCUCUGCAAGAAAUUAAGUCUCGCACCGACCUGAGGGAUGAGUGCAUCUUCACCAUCGACCCUUCUACUGCAAGGGAUCUUGAUGAUGCAGUGUCUUGUCUGCCGCUACCAUCAGGGAACUACCGAGUGGGAGUCCACAUUGCUGAUGUUAGCUACUUCAUACCCGAGGGAACUCUGCUCGACGAAAUUGCAUCCAGUCGGGCUACCAGUGUCUACCUCACUCAAAAAGUAAUUCCCAUGUUACCACGGGUCCUCUGUGAACAUCUAUGCUCGUUAAACCCAGGAGAAGAUCGUCUGGCAUUCUCAGUUAUAUGGGAACUUCGUCCAAGUGGUGAGGUUGUUGGCGAAUGGUUUGGUCGUACUGUUAUUCGAUCAUGUGUUAAAUUGUCAUAUGAACAUGCACAAAGUAUGAUUGAAAACCCAAAUAAAAAGUGGUCUGAGGAAGAGAUUCCAAAAGUUACAGGACCUUAUAAGUCUAAAGAUAUUAGCAAAGUGGUCAAUGAUCUUCAGUCAAUAGCAGUAAAUCUUAGGAAAAAGAGGUUCCAAGAUGGUGCCUUACGAUUAGAUCAGGUUAAAAUUGCAUUUAAUCUUGAUAAUGAAACACACAUGCCUAAUGGCUUCUAUGUUUAUGAACAAAAGGAUAGUAAUCGACUGAUUGAAGAAUUUAUGUUGCUUGCAAACAUGGCUGUUGCUCACAAGAUAUUCAAUUCACUAUCAUCCAUCUCAGUGUUGAGGCGUCACCCUCCUCCGCUAGAGAAUCCUAUGUUGUUUGCUGCAAAUGCUUUAAAGGAAGCAGGUAUUCACUUAGAUAUUUCUAGUGCAGGGGCACUUAAUAAGUCAAUUAUUCAGUAUGCUGGCCAAGAUGAAUAUACUGCCGGAAGGCUGCAAGUUAUUACAUCCAUGUGCAGUAAGCCCAUGCAGUUUGCUCGGUAUUUUUGCCCAGGUAGUUUUGCAGACUCAUCCCAGUACCGGCAUUAUGCGCUAAACGUACCUCUGUAUACUCACUUUACAUCUCCAAUUCGUCGUUAUGCUGACCUGAUGGUUCAUCGUGUUCUUGCAGCAAGCAUAGAUAGUAAUAGAUACAGACCACCUUCACGGGACUCUGGUACCAUUCAGAAAAUAGCUGAACAUUGCAACGACAGAAAACAGGCAUCAAAGAUUUUGCAAGAAAUGAGUAGUGAUCUGUACUUGUCUCUCUUUAUCAGACAGGUCAAAGUAUUAGAAGAAGAGGGGAUGGUCAUUGCUAUUUUGGAUCGUGCUUUUGAUGUUCUUGUGCUUCAACUUGGGGUCAUCAAGAGAGUGUAUACUGACAAACUGCCUCUUGAGGGUAUGCAGUAUUCCAAAAGUAAAGGAAUGGGUUCUUUAACUCUAGUUUGGAAAUCUGAGAGUUGUAGUGUGCCUGUGAUGCAAGAGAUUCGUCUUUUCAGUCUUGUGAAGGUCUCUCUCCAGCCCAUGGAAAAUGAUGCACUGAAGUUUCAAGCUAUUCUUUUAUGUCCCUCCUAAUUUUUUAAUAUUUAAAAUUUGACCUGUGUAAUUUAGUGAAUAUUUUUGGAUCCGUCCGUCCGUCUGAAAUUUUGUGAUAUUCACAAUUACUCAACUUUUGUGAGUAUGUUCGAUCUUUUGUCCACCAGCAAAUUUUAAUACCUUGUUUGUUUUGGUGUACACAAACUUAGCGUUUUAUUUCUAGAUACUGUAAUGUGAAGAUGAUUUUGAUUUGUCACUUGGACACGUUUUUUUUAUCAAUUUGCUGAACGGUGAUAUCUGCUGUCUUUUUAUGGAGUAGACAUUUUUUAGUCGGUUUUUGAUGAGCUAUUCCCUCCCUCAUGUACUUGUACCUGAUAAUAAAUGUAAAAAUGGUUUGGAUAAUUUUUUAUAUGAGCUGGAUAUUGAGUGCAGCCAAAAAAAAAACGACCAUUGCAUAUUUUUUAAUCGCCCUGUAUGGAUUACUGUUGUCAGAACAACAUAUGGUGUACCGUUGAGGCAGAGGUAUCGUGGGAAGGAAGGAAGGAAGGAAACUGCAAAAUAUUGUAUAUUACAGGUUGAGCAUCAUAUAUUCUACAUGUAACUUUUAACGACACGACUUGCUGUCGAGACCAUGUGCUCGUUGCUUAGGCUAGCUCUUAUCAGAAGGUACUUGGCUACCUCGGCUCAAAUUGAGGAAAAACUAUAUAUUUUGCAUUUAUCUCUUGUUAUUCUCCCACAGUUUGCUAAAGAUGCUGUGUUAUGAUUGGUAUGAGGUGUGUGGAUAUAUAAUUUAUGGUAAUAGCUGGAUUUUUAUUUUUAUUUUCUUAGAUGAAAACCUAUUAUGUGUGUUGUAUGAAAUUUAUCUUUUUGCAACAUUUUAAUUUUAAUUUUUUGGGCUCUUUUUACAUAACCAAAAUGUGAUAAUGCAACCUUUUUUUAAAUAAAAUGGUCAUAUCA